UUAAACGUAAAAGUUCAUAUAAAGUCCAUUUAUUCCUGAUUUUUUUUUUAUUGAAAAAAAAAAUAUAUUCGCUUCAUUUAAAACGAAAGUAAAGAUCCGGUUGCCCCAUGUUUUGAAGGACAAUCGUGAAAAACUGAAUUCAAUGGCUAAAGAAUUAUUUAAAGUUAUAAUUGCUGGAGGAAAGGUUGUAGGACAGGCAUUUACGCGAGCAUUAAAGCAAGAGUAUGAGGCUAGUCAAAGAGCAGCACAGCGUGCAGGUGGAGGGAGUCAAGGAAGGAAAAGUGCCGCUACUGAUACAUUUACGGGCAUGACUUUACAGGAAGCCAAAGAAAUACUGAAUGUUUCGGAUAUCACAGAUGCUGAGGGGGUACAAUCAAAUUAUGAUCAUUUAUUUAAAGUGAAUGACAAGGCAAAAGGGGGAUCAUUUUAUUUACAGUCAAAGGUUGUAAGAGCAAAAGAGAGGAUAGACACAGAGGUCAAGACAAGGUCACAACAAAAGCCAACAGAACCAGAACAAAAUACCUGACACCAUUUUCCCUUAGUUUAUUAACGGACAUUAAUAAAUUCAUAGACAACACAUAGACCCAUUCUACAGAGAAGCACCAAUAUUAAGAGAAAUUAGCACAUGUCAUUGAAUUGAUGUGCUUACAAGGGAUAAAUGGUGUGAUAGUAAUUAAAAUAACUGUUAUAUGAAUUUUUGUGAUUUUUUAUAUGUAAAAAAGAUGUUUUUAUUAAGUUGAAUUAUGUGUGCUGACUUUGUAUGUGGAGAUGCUCCUUAAUAGAAGUAAUAAGUUGGAAGCAAAACCAUUAGUAGUGAAUACUGUUAAAUGUAUACCCAAUAUGCAUGCAGAGCUAUAGUAUUCAAUGUUAUGCAACAUUAAUAUUCUGAGGUUUUCAAAAUAAAUGUUUGUAUAAUAUUAUGUGAGUGUGAGAAAAAAAAGUUAAUUCAUCUUAGGGAUACUGAGUCUUGUUACUUGUGUGUUUGCUUUACUAUGCUUUUAUUUAAAAUAUUAAUUUUUUUUUUCAAAUUUCCCUUCCUUUGCACGACUAGGGAAAUUUAGCUGUCGAGCUAUCUCCAAGUCUGACUAAAGUCAUGUCUCAAAUAAUGCUUUGCUUGGAAAAUGUCAGAGGUUUGCCAUCUUCCCUCGGCCUACCUGACACCGUAGACGGAGAGCUUGGUUUUACUUCUAGGGCAUGUCAAAAUGUUUAACUUUUGGGCUUUCGGUUGAAAAAAAAAUGUCGAAGAAGAUAAAACAACAAAUGCCAUUGGUCAAUUUUUAUGAUAAAACAACAAAUGCCAUUGGUCAUUUUUCAUGAUAAAACAACAAAUGCCAUUGGUCAUUUUUCAUGAUUUGGGUUUGAGAUAAUACAACAAAUACUAUUGGUCAUUUUUCAUGAUAAAACAACAAAUGCCAUUGGUCAUUUUUCAUGAUAAAACAACAAAUGCCAUGUGUCAUUUUUCAUGAUUUGGGUUCGAGAUAAAACAACAAAUACUAUUGGUCAACUUAUUUAUCAUCAAAGUAGUGGAUGUUAAUAAAUUUGAAUAAACUAGUUCAGAAAUGGUACUGUACAUUCAGCAACUGUAAAAUAAUAUAAAUGCUUGUAAGGAUAUGGAGUGGUUACGGUCACUGACCAACUUGUUUGCGCCUCACCACAGUUGGUUUAAAUCCCACCAUGGACUUUAGAUUCAUUCAUGUGAGAAAGCUAUCCAGCUAGAUAACAAAAGGUUGAUGGUUUAAUUCUGGUUUUGUGUAUGCCUUAAAAAAAUGUAUGAGAGGCACCAAAAAUUUUCCUUCAGCAGUAAAACUGGAAAGUGGCUGUAUGACCUUUUCAAUGUUGGUGUGACUCUGUGGUUGUGUGGUUAAGGUUGCCGGCUUCAAAUUGUUUGCCCCUGACAACAGUGGGUUUAACUCAUUGUCGGGGGACUUUAAUUUAAUUCCUGUGAGGAAGCUAUCCAGCCUGGUUAUAACAGGUUGAUGGUUCUACCUGAGUUUUGCUCAUGCAUGAAAUAAUACAUGAAGGAACGACACAUGAGGUUUUUCUCCGGUUGUAAAGCUGGAAAAUCACCUUAUGACCAGUCCCCUUUUCAAUGUUGGUUGUGCAUUAAAACCCCAAACAAAACAAACCAACAAGUAUAUAAAUGGCAUAAAGUCCAAACUUGGGGGAAAAAACUACCGAUAAAAGUGAAUUUUGUGAAUAAGUUGAGAAGCAUAUAAAAUUUAAAAAGAGUAAAUCACAGACACUGAUCAUGUAAUUUCUCCUUAGUUCUCUCCAUUAAAUAGUUAGUUUUACAUUAAUUCUUUGUUUCUACUAAGUACAUAACUUUAGUUUUUGUAACUUGAAUUUUAUCUUAUUUAGGAGUCCAAGAUCAAGUUCUGGCACACAGUGUACAAUUUUUGUAGGAUUUAAUAUUUAAAGCUGAUUUUCUAUAUUUACUGGAAAACUAUGUUCAUAUUUCGUAAACAAAAAACAAUAGAGUAAGUGAAAUAAUAUUUGAAUAUACAAAAAAAGUCAUGUAAUUAAAUACUUUUAUCUUUCACAUUUGUACAUGUAUAUACAUGUAUUUAAAUUGUUAAACAACAUGUAUGGUGAUGUAAAUAAAGAUGAAUAAUUUAAGAGAAAAAA